AUGGCCGAACCAGCAUACGGCAACCGGGAGCCUAUCGCCAUUGUAGGCUUUGCAUGCCGCCUCCCGGGUGGCAACUACUCGCCACACAAGUUCUGGGAGUUUUUGAAACAAGGCGAGAUCGCAUACAACAAGGUUCCCGAGUCAAGAUUCAACCAUGCCGCCCAUUACGACGGGUCGCUGAAGCCAAGGACCAUGCGCCAACCGGGCGGCAUGUUUCUCAAGGAUAUUGACCUGGCCGACUUUGAUGCCACCUUCUUUGAGCUGCCGGCAGCCGAGGCUACGGCUAUGGAUCCUGCGCAGAGGCAGAUGCUCGAGGUGGUCUACGAAGGCUUGGAGAAUGCUGGCAUCCCCCUUGAUAAAAUCAACGGCCAGUCUGUUGGCUGCUAUGUCGGAAACUAUGCCUCAGAUUAUGCAGAUAUGGGUGCUCGAGACCCGGAAGACCGAGCACCUGGACACGGCCUGGGAAUUGCACGCACCAUCCUGGCCAACCGUAUAAGCCACUUCCUCAACAUUCACGGACCCAGCGUCACACUUGACACAGCCUGCUCUAGCAGCCUGGUCGGCCUGGAUCUCGCCUGUCAAGCUCUGCGGAUGGGAUCAAUUAACAUGGGCAUCGUGGCCGCCGCCAAUGUUUACAUGAGCCCCGAGCACCUGAUUGAUGCCGGCGGAAUCGGCGGGGCGCACUCGCCUACGGCUCUAUGCCAUACCUUUGAUGCCGCUGCUGACGGCUACGUCAAGGCCGAGGCGGUCAACACAGCCAUUGUCAAGAGACUUUCGGAUGCCAUUCGCGAUCGGGACCCUAUCCGUGGCGUGAUUCUCGGUACAGCUUCGAACCAUAACGGACGGACGAUGGGCAUUGCCAGCCCCAGCGCAGAUGCUCAAGCGAUGGCCAUUCGAGCUGCCUACGCGAAUGCUGGUAUCACCGACUUCAACAAGACGGCCUUUUUUGAGUUCCAUGGGACAGCAACGCAAGCAGGGGACGCCGCAGAGAGUCAGGGCGUUGCGUCUGUCUUCUCGGCGACCCGACCUACCGAAAAUCCCUUGAUCAUAGGAUCCGUCAAGAGCAACGUUGGCCACUCUGAGCCGGCUGCUGGCUUGACAGGUCUCAUCAAGGCCGUGCUGGCCAUUGAGAACGGCAUGAUUCCCGGCAAUCCCACAUUCAUAAACCCCAGCCCCAAAAUUGACUUCGCUGGGAGCAAGAUGAGGGCUACACGCACAUCAAUCCCAUGGCCCACAGAGAAUCUACGGAGAGCGUCUGUCAACUCUUUCGGCAUCGGCGGCUCCAAUGCCCAUAUCAUAGUCGAGGCUGCCAAGGCAGAAGACCGCUUAAACCAUGUAUCUUCAUAUUGCGAUACAGACGGGGGCUUCAUGCUGGACGACGACGACAACGACGACGACGACAACGACGACGACGAUAGGGCGACUCAGAUGUAUACUCUCGUCCUGUCUGCAAACGACAGCGCCAGCCUCAGCGCCAACAUUCGGGCAUUUUGCGCUCAUCUACUCAACCCCAACGUGAAGGUCGACCUCGCGGAUCUGGCAUAUACCCUCUCCGAGCGUCGUUCGCCAUUGUUCCACCGAGCCUUUGUAUCCACGCGGACCACAGAUCUACACGAGAAUCAUUUCACCAUGGCGAAGAAGAGCCCCAAGGCACCGAAAGUUGGCUUUCUGUUCACCGGCCAAGGAGCCCAAUGGCCUCGAAUGGGCAAGGCUCUCGUAGAUGCUGUUCCAUGGGUUCGUAACACGCUGGAAGACUUGGACAGGGUUCUUCAAUCGCUACCCAAUCCACCAGAGUGGUCUCUCGUCUCCGAGCUGACGGAGCCUCGCUCUGCCGAACAUGUGCGCCAACCCGACAUGGCGCAACCACUUGUCGCUGCGCUUCAGCUGUGUCUUGUGGAUGUGCUGAGAUCCUGGGGGAUCAAACCGAGCUCCGUCCUGGGCCAUUCAUCCGGCGAAGGCGCCGCAGCCUAUGCCGCCGGUUGGAUGUCACGCAGCGAUUGCAUAAAGUGUGCCUUUUACCGUGGCCAAGCGGCCAAAAACAUCAGCGAUCAGAUGGAGCGAGAUGUCGGCAUGCUUGCUGUUGGUAUCAGCGCUGAGGUCGCGGCGCCAUUCCUAGAGAAGCACCGCGGCGAUGCAUUUAUUGCGUGCUACAACAGCCCCAGCAGUCUCACGCUCUCGGGCAGACUCUCUGCGCUCAACUCUAUCAAUGAGGAGGUCAAGGCUGCGGGCCACUUUGCAAGGGCUUUGUUGGUCGACAUGGCGUACCACACCCCAUUCAUGGCCGCUGCAGCUGACGGUUACCAGAAGCUCCUCGACGGCGAUGAGCAAUUUGGGCGCCAAGAUGGCUCUCAGUCUGGCAUAGCCAUGUUCUCCUCGGUGUCCGGCUUGAGGAACGAGACAACAACGGGAUCGACGUACUGGAAAACCAACAUGACCUCCCCUGUCCGGUUUGAUGCCGCACUCGGGGAGAUGAUCAAGCAGGACUCCCCAGACAUCCUGAUCGAAAUUGGGCCUUCUGGUGCUCUGGCAGGCCCUGUUUCGCAACUUUUGAAGUCCCUGCCCAAUGCAAGCCACGUGUCAUACUGCACUGCUUGGAGUCGUGGCGCCAACGCCAGCAAGUCGUUGUUCGACGUUGCCGGCCACCUCUUUGCCACCGGCGGCAACGUUGACCUUGCGGUCGUCAACCGGUACAGUGACACUACUGUACGAACCAUCGUGGACCUGCCAAACUACUCGUGGAAUCAUAGCGUCAAAUAUUGGCACGAGAGCGCCGCCAGUAAGGACUGGCGAUUCAGGAAAUUUCCUGUCCACGAUCUCCUGGGCAGCAAAGUACUCAGUACCCCUUGGCACACUCCGGUCUGGCGCAAUCGACUCAACGCUAGCAACGUACCGUGGAUCAUGCAGCACAAGAUGGGAGGCGAUGCCAUUAUGCCCGCGGCCGGUUACUUGACCAUAGCCGUAGAGGCUCUCUUCCAGAAGCUCCGUGCACUAGACCCCGAGGAGUAUCCGGCGAGCCCCAACGAGCUCGCCUAUUGCUUCCGCAAUGUGCGCUUCCAGCGAGCCAUGGUGGUUGAGGACAACAGAGACGUCCGCAUGAUGCUCACGCUGAACAAAGUCCCCGGCAGCGAUGACUGGCACGAGUUCCGCAUUUCGUCGAGCUCCGAGGCCGCUGUCACUGUGGAACAUUGCUUCGGCCUGAUCCGGACCCAAGACGUCGUCAACGACGUUUCUCAAAACCUCGCGCCCCCCAAGUCCGCCGUACCAGUCGAGCGCUGGUACAAGGCUACUCGCGAUAUCGGCAUGGGCUUCGGGCCCGUCUUCAAGCGAAUGCUCCAGGUCGAAUCGACCAAUGGCGUACGUGCGUGCCGUGUGCUCCUGACAAUGGAGCCGCCAGCGUCGGCGCAUUCGCCUCAGUCUUACUACCCGGUUCAUCCAGCGGCGUUGGAUGGCUGCUUUCAAACGCCAAUCCCGGCCAAUAUGGAAGGAGAUAUUGUCAAUGUCCGAGAUGUCAUGAUCCCGACGAUUGUUGACGAGGUCAUUAUCAAUAAGGUCCCGACUCACGUCAGUCAUGCUAUUGCGGAUGCCUCCUCGGUAUACUCGGGACGAGGCCGGCCAGAACAGGAUAAAAGCUGGGUCGCCAGUAGUUCCAUCUUCGACUCCCAGAGCGGCGCCUUGAUGGUCCGCAUCACAGGUCUCCAUUACAUAAAGCUGGACGUGCCUCCCUCUCCGGAUCCUCACACGUUUGACCAGAUCACCUGGGCUCCGGAUGUCUCGCUCCUGACGCAGGCCCAGAUGUUACAUAUUGACCCUGCGACAUCAGGCGAUCGGCUCAACAGAGUCAUCGACCUCGUUGCGUACAAGAGGCCUGCCUUGAGAGUGCUGGAGGUCAAUCUCGACGAGGACGAUACGUCGUGCAUGUGGUUUGAUUCCGGCGAUGCGGCAUACAGACAAGCUUACGCCCACUACCACUUCGGUGCAUCAAGCAGCAAACCUUUAGCAAGCGUCUCGGCCAAGCAUGAAGGGAAGGAAAACAGUGCCUUCUCCCUCAUCCGCCCCGACGAACAGGCUCUCGGCAUGCAAUAUCCAGAGUCUUACGACCUGGCCUUGAUCAAGCUUUCCAAGACAUCCGCAGCCGAGGAUAUCCUGCGCAAUGUUCUCCCCCUCUUGUCAUCCGAUGCCUGCACACUUGUAGUGCGUGCAAGCGAAGAGAACAAGGCAAUGGCAGAGCAGGCUGCAAACACAGACGAACCCGAAGGAUCCGAGCAUGUCACCAGCACCGAAACCUCGCAAACGGCGUCGGCGGGUACACCUUCAGGAUCUUCUGGGUCAGAUGACGGAAGGGUUUCCAGUUCCGUCGAUUCAGCCGCUUCCGCUUCUAGCUAUGAACUUCUCAAGCUUAACAACGCUGCUGCGGCUCCCAUUGAGCUCGGCGACAUCACUGAAGACGGACGAUCGGCCUAUCUCGUAACACCGAUCGGGUCGCAACAGGGCAAAUCCGCCAGCCCGCGAAAAGUUGUGGUCCCUUGUCUGAGCGAUGGCGGCAAUUCGGCUCUGACGACCUCGCUUCGAUCCAGCCUCGAGUCAGCAGGAUGGCUCGUGGAGGAGCGUACAGCUCCAUUCCAAGGGCUCGGAGAAGGUGAGAUGGCCCUGGUGUUGGAUGAAUUGACAAGGCCCUUGCUCCGAUAUGCCAAUGAAAAUCAGUGGAAUGCCAUCAAGGCGCUGGUCAGCUCCGGCAAGCCGCUGCUCUGGGUUACCAAGGGAGCGCAGUCCUCCGCCACCGAUCCAGAUCACGCCCUGGUUUAUGGUUUGUUCCGGGUAGCUCGCCGAGAAGACCAGGCCGCCAACCUCACCAUCCUCGAUGUACAGUCCAGCACGGGCCGCGGAAUGGAGUUCGCCGUGGACAACGUGCUCCGAUUGAUGAGCCAAGGUACACUCACGGAAAGCGAGAUCAUGGAGCGCGAAGGCAUCCUGCACAUUCAGAGAGUCAUCCCCGAUGUGCCAGUCAACGAGUUCAAACGUGCAGAGACCGAAGGAUUGCCGGUCGUUCCGAAGCCAUUCCACGCCAAUACGGUGCAGGUCCAGCUCAGAGCUGAGCGGCUGGGAACACUCGAGGGCUUGACCUGGUGCGAGACGGAAGCAGAAGAGCCUGCCAUCCUGGAAGACCAUAUUGAAGUCGAAAUUAUGGCUGUCGGUGUCAACUUUAAAGACGUUGCCGUUACGAUGGGCAUCGUUCCGGACAACGAAUAUAGCCUUGGUUACGAGUGUGCUGGUGUUGUCCGGCGACUCGGGCCAGCGGUGAAGAAGUUUCACGUCGGCGAUCGAGUGUGCAUGCUGAAGCAGGGCAGCCACGCAAACCGGAUCAGAGUUCACGUUGACCGCUGCCACAUCAUCCCCGACACGAUGAGUUACGAGGAUGCCGCGACCAUUCCAUGUGUGUAUCUGACAUCUCUCUACGCUUUGUAUCACUUGGCAGGCUUGCAAGAGGGCCAGUCUGUCCUGAUACACUCGGCAACUGGAGGCAUCGGCAUCGCAUGUAUCGAGCUCGCUCGGCACAAAAAGGCCGAGAUCUACGUGACCGUCGGCACCGAGGAGAAGCGCCAGUUCUUGGAACGGGAAUACGGUAUCCCAAGGAGCCGUAUGUUCUCUUCUCGAAAUACGAAAUUCGCAAGCGAAAUCAUGCAGGAAACCAACGGCCGCGGUGUCGAUGCCAUUGUUAACUCUCUGAUUGGAGAACUGCUUGAUACUUCUUGGAGAAUCCUGGCCGAUGGAGGUGUAAUGGUCGAGAUCGGCAAGAGAGAUAUUGUGAGCCGAAAUACUCUGGCCAUGGAACCCUUCGAUAGGAACUGCUCCUUCCGGGCCGUUGACCUCUCCUACACCAAGCACUUUAACGAGCCGAUAGUAGCAAGACUCCUGACUGAACUCUUCAUUCUGAUCAACGCAGGCCACAUCAGACCGAUCCACCCGGUCACCACUUACGGCUUUGAAGAUGUGCCCGCAGCCCUGGCCUACAUUCGGACCGGACGUCAUAUCGGCAAGAUCGUGAUAACGAAUAAGAACGACACCGAAGUCAUCGUGCCCACACGGCCAGCCGUCGGCAAGCUGAAGCUGUCGCCGGAUGUCUCAUAUCUCAUUGUGGGCGGUCUGAAGGGCCUCUGCAGCACGUUAGCUGUGCACAUGGCGCAGCAUGGCGCUCGACACAUCGUCGUUAGCAAUCGCAGCGGUAUCAGCGAUGAGGCAUCGGCCAAGAUCGUGCGAGACUGCAUGUCAUAUGGGUGCCGGGUGACGGAGGCCAAGGGGGACGUUGGAAACAUGGAGUUUGUGAGAGGCUUGGUGCAGAAUACCUUCCCAAGGCUUGGUGGAAUUGUCCAAGGAGCCAUGGCGCUGAAUGAUACAAGCUACGAGUCCAUGACCAAGGACCAGUACCGGAACACCAUCUAUGCCAAGGUCGAGGGCACCUGGAACUUGCACAAUGCAACCCAAGAGCUGCUGAAGCAACCUCUGGACUUCUUCACCAUGCUCUCAAGCACGUCGGGCGUUGCAGGUCGAGUGGGCCAGGCCAAUUAUGCAGCCGCCAACACAUUUCUCGAUGCCUUCGCCCACUGGCGGCAACGCCAGGGCCUGUGUGCCAACUCGGUCGACCUCGGCCUGAUCGAAGACGUUGGCUACGUAGCCGAAGACGAGACGGGUCUGGACGCCAAGAUCAACAGAGCCCACUGGAUCCCCAUCAACGAAGGGCUGUUGCGCCGCAUCUUCGCCUACUCCGUUCUGCAGCAAGACGCACACGCUCCGCUCAACAAGGAGAGCCGCGCUCAGCUGGUGACGGGGAUUGCGUAUCCCUACCCGCAAGAUGGAUCCGACACUUCGCUCAACCCCCGGUUUAGCCAUUUGUGGUCCUUCCGCGGUGCUGGCCGCGAAGCGGGCGCCGACGGGAGCAGCGGCGGCGACGACAUCGACCAAGGGAUUCGCACUCUCCAGUCGCUGCACAAGUCGGGCGCGGACGCGGCCACCCUGACCAAAGCGUGCACCCAAGUCAUUUGCUUGCAGUUUUCGCGCAUCUUGCGUCUCGGCGAUGCCGUGGAGCUGGAGCCGGGCAAGUCGCCCAUGUCAUACGGGCUCGAUUCGCUGUCGGGCGUGGAGCUGCGGAACUGGGUACGGAAUAAGCUCGAUGUUACGCUGAGCACUCUGGACAUUGUCAACGCUGCGUCUAUCCUGGCUCUGGUGGAGAAGAUUGUGUCAAAAUUGUUGGAGUAGUGCGCUCAAUAUGGCCUACAUGAUUUGGUGUUCUGGGCGUUGGAGACACUGGAAUGCCAUGAGAUAUGAUAGCUUUACCAUGAAUACCUAGG